UGCGAGCUGCUAAGGAGCAGAGGAGGCGAGAGACCCCCCAACCGCAAGAUUUAGAGGACUGGGAUAAAGGUGCCAGAAUGUACAAAGUGGACCUCCAGGCGGAUCUCAAGGAGGCGGCUGCCAUCGAGGCCCGCAGGAACCGGGAGAAGGAGAGACAGAGCCGCAUCUUCAAUGCGCGCCACCGCACGUUGGGAGUGGACGUGGAAGGCCUGAAGAGUCAGGUGGAACAGCGGAAGCUGAGGGAGGAGGCCGAGAAGCGACGGGAUGAAGCCUUCGAUGCGGACCGGGUCCAGUACGACAAGAUUGCCCAGAUGCUGGAGGAAGAGGAGCAGCAGCGGAAGAAGCAGCUCAACCAGGAACUGCUGGAGUUCCGGCAGCAGAAGCAGCACCCCUCCACUCGGCGGGAGUGGGACAUCCAAGACCCCGCGGUGGUGCACAAGGGGCCUCCGGCCCGCGUGAGCGACGACGACCCCCGCUGCGGCCCUUCGAGUCUGCAGCGCUUUGCGGGCGAGGACCUGAACGGGGUGGCCAGGCAGAAGCGGCUGAAGGAGCAAAACAAACGGGACCUGGAGGAGCAGCGGGCAGAGCGGGAGAAGGCCCAGGCCGACCGCAAGUACGCCGAUACCCUGGAGGACAAGAAAAGGAUCGAACUCGACCUGCGGGCCCUGGAGUUGGCAGGCCUGGAGGACGAGUGCCGCAGGGCCAAAGCCAUGGCGAUAGCAGACUUCAACCGGGCCCAGGCCGCAGAGGUUGCCGAGAAGCAGCGUCUAGCCCAGCAGCGGGAACAGGAUGAUAACAACACCGAGAUCUACAACCACCUUACUAGCGACAUCCUGACGGAAAAUCCGGAUGUGGCCAAAAGCCUGGUCGGGCCACACCGGAUGGUCCCCUACCGCUGGAAGGGGAUGACUCCCGAGCAACUGGAGGCCGUGCGGAGAACGCAGAAGGAGCAGUGCAAAGAGAACCAGAAGCUGCGGGGAGAACAGCGGCAGUGGGAGGAGGAAUGGGACCACCAGCGCCACUUGGCCGCCCGGGCCGGCAUGGCGAUGGAGGAGCAGGAGCAGGAUUUCCGCCUGCAGCUGCGGAAGGGCCUGGACGCCUACAACCGGCAGCUGGCGGAAGCGCAGAAGGCAAACUUACGGUACCUGGAGAAGGAGGUGUACUCCAACGCCCCCACCGCCCACUAUCACCUGCAGUUCAACACCAGCAGCCGAUGA